AUGGAUGAAAUACUGACGAAAUUAGCAUUGCAUACUGCCACCUUUGUUGGCAAGGCGGCAUUCGCCUAUAGUACGAAUUAUGCCAUGAAACAAGUUUCAAACUACAUCAAACGCGACGCCUCUAAUUCACAAAACAUUGAAGUGGAAGAACUUGAGCGUGCUAAAGCGACACUUGAAACCACCAUUCGAAUGGUUCAGCCUGCUAUAGAUCUAAUUGAAAUUAUAUCUGCACGCGGAAACACGGCAUUGGAACCAACAGCUGCUCAAACAACGAUAUUACGUAAAGAUAUUGAAUCAUUUGCACGUAGCCUUUCUGAAUAUAAUUUGUCUGAAAUGGAAUCAACUCCUUCAACGGAUAAAAAAAAACUCAUCAAUGCAUCCAAAGUUAUUAAAGAAAUGCAAGCUUUAACACAAAAGAUUGAGAAAUUUGUACCAUAUUUAAAUUUAAUGAUGACAACUAGUGGUGCAAAUUUAGGAUGGAGUUUACCAAACUCUAUCAGUCCCUCUCGUCUACUUCAAGCAUCAAAUGCGUUACGUGAAGCAAAUCGCCUAUUUUCAAAAAGUAGCAAACAAAUACGAGUUGGUCCUGCUUAUAAAUUAAAAUUAUAUUACAUGUUUACAGCUUCUGUUCGUCCUAAGACCGUAAAUGACUUUACAUGGAAAGAAGAAUUCACAAAAUGUGAUGCUGCUUUAUAUCGAGUUCAUGAUGUUGAAGAAAAUGAGGAAGAAAGUGAAUAUGUAUACGAAUUGAUAAUUGUUGAAGAUUUAAACGAUGGAAGAUAUCAUGAAGAAUUUGAUAAUGAUGGCCCUGCAAAACAACUUACGGAAGAAGCCAAACUCGGAAAAAAAUCACAAUGUAUCCCAGGCAAAAUAAAACGGAUUCCUGUUGCUGAAAUUUCUCGUUUAUAUUAUACCUCAUCGGGGUCUUUGCUAAAUAUUGAAGAUUCAAAGAGUCCGGUGCUUGUGCUAAAAGUAAUAAAAGGUCUUUCAAAGGCUCAUUUACUAAAAAUAGAUGAUGAAACUGCGCGUAAUGUGGAUUUAGAUGCGAAUCCGUUAUAUGUCCCUCCGAAUACUUCAGAAAAACGCGUAAAGGAGUCUAAAGAAUAUUCGAACGCUGAUUUGUUCGCUUUAGAGAUAUUUCAAGAACCUAUCGAAAUUGAUGAUGAUGAGGAAGAAGAGGGAUCUUUGAAUAGUGAGGAUGAUGAUCUGGAAGAACAGUCUUCACAGUCCAAUCCCGGAACUCCUUCACCAAGAAAGAUUCCUUUGCCUAUGAGUCCCGCGCCUUCUACACCAAGAAGAAUUCCUUUGCCUAUGAGUCCCGCGCCUUCUACACCAAGAAGAAUUCCUUUGCCUAUGAGUCCCGCGCCUUCUACACCAAGAAGAAUUCCUUUGCCUAUGAGUCCCGCAACUCCUACAUCAAGAAAAAUUCCUUUGUACACAAGCCCUUUGAAUUCGACACCAAGAAGAAUUCCUUUACCAGAUAGUGAUAAUGAAGAUUCGGAUGUAACAGUGAGUGACGUAGAUGAAGAAGAAGAAAGUGCAGAAAUUUCUGACAGCACUAAAGCGGCAAGAACGCAUGAUAUUCACAAUGACUUAGAAAAUUUGAAUGCAUUCGAUAAUUCUGAGGAUGAAAUAAACCAAUAUAACUUGAAAACUCUUAGUCUUCUUGAAUACAUGUUAAGAUUAAGCGCUUUGGAAGUUUGUGAACAAACAAACCAUCUUGAAGUAGCUGAUGAAAAGAUCAACCUAUUUCUUAAGGAUGACGAUUCAACUGGAG